AUGCAAAACGGUCGUCAACAAAGAAAACAACAAAAGAGCUCGUCGUCAAAAUAUGACUUUGUCAAAGUGCGUGUCCAUUUGUCCGAUCAGCACUACUAUGUCUUGUCCCGAUUUCUACUCUCUCGCAUGUUGACCGCAGCUCGUGUCGAUUAUGGCCAUGCUUUGCGUAUUGCACUUGAUCUCAAAAAGCGACUCGUUGACAAGAACCAGUUGGACGUGGCACAGCAAGAACUACAAAGGGAAUUGUUUGCUCUUAUGAAGCAGCAUGGCUAUGGAGACGAGCAUGUGCAGUGGUACAGGACAUUGGAAAGCUUCCAUCAUCAGCGGAUACCUCUGGUUGUUUUGAUUGCAGGCACAGCGUCCACCGGCAAAUCCACCAUAGCAACCUCCCUUUCAGAACGUCUCAACUUAUCCUCUGUGCUCAAGACGGAUGUCGUUUAUGAUCUCAUGCAUACAGUUAUUGACGGCAAACUACCACCAAGGUUAUGGUCGUUACCAGGAGAUGAUGAAGAUGGAUCCACUGAUUUCAUUGAUACCUUGGUAAAGGAAUCGAAGUUGGUAUGCCAAGGGCUUGACGGGGAUUUGUACAAGUCGAUGACGGAUGGCAAGUCUAUCAUUAUUGAAGGUUCAUUGGUGGAUCAUGGUUUACUGGAUCAUAUGGACCGUUUUGUGAGCAUGCAAAACAAGGGCGUCAUUGUAGCUCCUUUCCUUGUUACCUUAUCCGAACCCACUCUACGUUCAUUACUAUCCCAAGAGGAAUCAACGUGUAUCAACCGCAUCUGCGAAUAUCAAUCACACUUGGUGGAAGCCAAUGCAAAGCGUGAACAACAACAGCAACGCACCUUUCAUGUCUUGUCGGUGGAUAUGAGCGACAUUCAAACCACAAUCAAUGCCAUGCAAUCCAUUGUUCUCACUCAAAUUGCCGCCCAGGUUGCUAAGCAAUAA